AUGUUUCUCCGGAGAUUAGCUCGCCCGGUGAUGAUGAUGGCGAAGGUGAAGGAGACGACGGGGAUAGUAGGGCUAGAGGUGGUCCCUAAUGCGAGAGAAGUGCUGAUCAAUCUAUACUCCAAAACCCUAAAGGAGAUACAGAAGGUUCCCGAGGACGAGGGCUACAGGAAGGCCGUUGAGAGCUUCACUAGCCAGAGGCUCAAGGUCUGCCAGGAAGAAGAGGACUGGGAAAUGAUCGAGAAGCGUCUUGGGUGCGGUCAAGUCGAAGAGCUCAUCGAGGAGGCGCAGGAUGAGCUCAAACUUAUCGACAAAAUGAUCGAGUGGGACCCAUGGGGUAUUCCUGAUGACUAUGAAUGUGAAGUUAUUGAAAAUGAUGCUCCAGUUCCCAAGCAUGUACCCCUGCAUCGACCUGGCCCUCUCCCUGAGGAGUUCUACAAGACUUUGGAGGCUGUUCAUUCGGGCACAUUGAAGGAUGCCAUUUCUAGCUCUAAAAAGGAUGAGCCUGCAAUCUCAUCCAGUUAG